UAGUUAGCAAAACAAUGGAUUUAAACAUAAAUAAAUAUAUAUAAAAAAUGAGAGAGACAACUCUCCCUCUACCAGAAGCCUAACCAGUUUCUUGAAGAAAAACCCAUCUCACCAAAUCAUAAUAAUAAUGAAAAAAAAAACCUAAUUCAGUCAACCUCGAAGGAAAACAGUAGAUAUGAAGCACAGAAAAAGCGGCAAUCUUUCUAUAUUUGUUGUAGUUUUUUCAGUUUUUCUUUUUGGGAUUUUCAUGUACAAUGAGAACGUUAUGUCCACGGCUGAAUUCCCAUUUUCUUGGCUAAAAUCUCAAGAAAUUCAAGAAGAAUCAUCGCCACAGGCCAACCCAGUUCAAGAAACCAUCAAGAAUGAUAAACAAGCUACUGUUUCUCUCAAUUCAUCAGUAGAGGAACCUCAUGAUGAAACUACUGAGCAAGAAUCUCAUAACAGUUCCAAGGAUUCAUCUGUUGCAGAUAAUAAAGAGGAUAAGCAGAAGAAGAUUGAAUUGCCAUUGAUGGAGGAAGAAGAUGAUGAGGAAGUUGAAUUGCCACCUAAAGAGUGUGAUCUUUUCUCAGGAAAAUGGGUUUUUGACAAUGCAACACGUCCUUUGUAUAAAGAAAAUGAGUGUAAGUUCCUUACAGCUCAAGUUACGUGCCUUAGAAAUGGCAGAAAAGACUCUACGUACCAGAACUGGAAAUGGCAGCCAAGAGAUUGUUCUUUACCAGAGUUCAAACCAAGAUUAUUGCUGAAAAAGCUAAGGAACAAGAGGCUGAUGUUUGUUGGAGACUCGUUGAAUAGGAAUCAAUGGGAAUCAAUGAUUUGUUUGGUUCAAUCUGUAAUUCCUCCUGGAAGGAAAACAUGGAGGAAGGAAGGAUCUCUGUCUAUUUUCACAAUGGAGGACUAUAAUUCCACAAUAGAGUUCUAUUGGGCUCCAUUUCUGGUGGAGUCAAACUCUGAUGAUCCUACCAUGCACAGCAUCUUGAACCGUAUAAUUAUGCCAGAAUCAAUCAAUAAACAUGGUGUUCAUUGGAAAAAUGUUGAUUUUCUCAUUUUCAAUACUUACAUAUGGUGGAUGAACACUGCCUCCAUGAAAGUUCUACGUGGAUCGUUCGAUGAAGGAGCCACUGAGUAUGAUGAGAUCGAACGGCCAGUAGCAUAUAGGAGAGUUUUGAGUACAUGGUCUAAGUGGGUAGAUGAAAAUGUGGAUCCUAAUCGUACCAUGGUCUUCUUCAGUAGCAUGUCUCCUCUCCAUAUCAAGAGCAUGGACUGGAACAAUCCAGAUGGGAUAAAAUGUGCUAAAGAGACUGCCCCAAUACUCAAUACAAGUAUGCAUUUUAAUGUGGGGACAGACCGUAGGCUUCUUAUGAUUGCAGCAAAUUUGACACAAUCAAUAAAGGUGGCAGUCCAUUUCAUGAACAUUACCACUCUUUCUGAAUAUAGAAAAGAUGCACAUACUUCUAUCUACACCAUUCGCCAAGGGAAGAUCCUAACUCCCGAGCAACAAGCUGAUCCAGCAACCUAUGCUGACUGUAUCCAUUGGUGCCUACCUGGAUUGCCUGACACGUGGAAUGAAUUCAUAUAUACACAUAUCAUUGCUCGCUCGUAACAGGAAAAUUCACACUCUGUAUUUUUUUUUCUUUUUUAAUUUCAUGUGGUUGGUCUUUUAGCUUUUUAGUUUCAUCAAGUUUUUUUAUAAUUUUUUUUUCGUUUCUGGGGAACUUUGUUCAUCCUUCACUUGACUGAGGUGGGAAGGUUAUUACCGGAAAUGAAAAUUUUGUACGAAUUGGAAGCAAAAGCAUGACUAAGAUGGGAGAAAGGAGACCAUUUGAAUUGUACAAGGUACUUGUGUAAACAACAUAAAUAAAGUAAAUCCAAACAUGUAUGUAAGAUAAAAUUGUCA